AUGGCGUUCCCAUAUAUUGACACGCCGCGCACCGAAUACGACGGAAACGCGACUUACCUCACCAACGGCUUCCGCAGCGCGGGGCGAACACACCUUUCAGCGCUCGAUUCAGUCGAAAAUUCGUUUGCUACGCCCUCCAAGGACAAUGAUGUGAUCAAAGGAUUUGGAGACGGGCGAAAACGCGUCUCGGGAGGUUCCAAUAUGGGCACACCGCGCGCCAGUGCCGCGACAAAGUCCUCGAGAAGCGUGUUGAGGCAACUUCCAACAGGUGGACCUGCUAGGGGCGAGUUCACGCCGCUUAUGCGAAGCGCGACGAAGAACAAUUACUUAAGAAAUGCGUCUAUGAAUCGAGGGGCGGACGACCCGAAGACACCAGCAUACCUGCGCGAAAGUAGCCGAGGUGCUGCUCACACUCCAGGUUUACCUCCCAUCGACAUGUCGGAUAUUUACGAGGAGGACGCGACGGCAGAUGAGCCUACACCUCUUCCAGUGGCUGCCAGCAGCAGCGCUCAAAGUACGCCAAUGCCGUCUCUUUUGGGGCGCGACGGGAGAGGUGUGCUGGGAGAUGGACAGAACAUGACCUUGAAGGAGCAGGAGCGGAUCAUCGACCGUCUCGAUAAAGACAAUUGGAACCUCAAACUCAAGAUUCACUACUUGGAGGAACAACUCGAGAAAGCUGGACCCGAAUACAACAGUGCGGCCCUCAAAGAGAAUACCGAGCUCAAAGUCCUGAGAUUGACAAUGCAACGCGAUAUUUCCCGGUACAAGAAGAGUUUGCAACAAGCAGAGCGCGACUUGGAGGACUAUCAACAACAACUCAUAGUAAUGAGGGAUAAGGCUCGGCGGAGACAAACCGAUGAGGAAGUUCAGCGUGAAAUGGACCUCAUGCGGGAGGAGAUUGAAUCAAGAGACAACGAGCUGACGGAACUUCGGGAAGAGUUGAGGCUCGCCAAAGACAGUCAAUCUCAAGAGAUCGAAAAACUCCGGGACGACGUUGAAGACCUCGAGGCUACUGUACGUGAAAAGGACCGAGCGAUCGACGAACGCGACGAAGAACUAGAGGAGCUACGAGAGAAUCGCAGAGAGAAUGACGCAGGAGCAGAACUCCAACUCGAACUCGAACGUGCAAAGGAACAGAUCCAAGAACUACAGGACGAACUUGAGCAGGUUAGAUCAGAGGCUCAAGAAGCGGAUGCUGCUGUCAAAAACGCGCUGGACGAGAAGAAUCGCGCCGAAGACGAUCUUCGCGAGCUCCAAGAUGAGAUGGCAGAUAAAUCCUUCACUACAAGGGGCCUCAGUCGACAACUGGAGGAGAGAGCCGACAAGCUUGAGGAGGAAGUCCAAGACUUACGGCUGGCCAACGACAAUCUUAGGGCAGAGGUUGAUAGCAAGACGGAAACUGUGACUCGCCUCGAGGAGCGUUAUCAGACCGCUCAACAAGACCUCAGGAACGACGCUGGGAAAUUAGGCGAAGACCUUGAAUCUGCCAGGCGUGAGCGAGACCUACUCCGCGAUGAGCUUGAAAGAACCUCUGCUCAGCUGCAAGAAGCCCUCGACAACGUCCAGCGGCGGACCGAAGAGAAGGAACUCCUUCAAACCCGACACCAUGCACUGACCGACGAGUCUGGUGGCUUACAAUCUGAGCUAACUCGAGCACAAUCUCGGAUUCGUGAACUCCAAAAGGCAGUCGAGGAGGCCACAACCCGUGCUCAGGACAAUCAGAACCAGCGCUGGCAACACAAGGUGGAGAUCAAUCGACUUCAAGAUGAGAUCGAGGCUCUUCAACACGAGAUCGAAGACAAGGAAGGUCACUUUGCCUUGGAGCAGGAUAGAUGGGAAAGCGCCAAGCGGACCUUACAAUCUCAAAGGGAGCGUGCGGAGGAACAAGCAGCUGGCUUCAAGCGAACCAUCGAAAAGCUCCAGGAGACAGAGCACACCCUUUCCGGAAAGGAGUUUAAAUUGCAGGGGGCCAUCGACAGUGAGAAACAACGCCAUCUGCAGGAAGAAGCUGUGCUCAACCGCCAAAUCAAAGACCUCGGUGAUGAGCUUACUCAGAAGAGAGAUAUUUUGGAUGAACAGCGUAAUGACCUUCUUACUGUCAGAGAAGAGCUGCGUUUGUCUCGGCGCGAGGAGCAGUCACUCAAGGAGAAGGUCCAGGCUCUGGAGGACGAGGUGAUUGUCCUGCAAUCGAGCUUAGCCGACGAGCAGGAAUAUGCCAAAGGUCGCAUGCAGAAGGGGUCGUCUGAGGUGGAGGUUCAACUGCAAAGAGCCAUUUCCGACAGACAGACCCUUCGCGAUCAGCUUGCGAAUGCUCACGUAGAGCUACAUGACUUGCGAACUUCUAUUGGCGAGGUCGAAGCCGAACGUGACGAACUCCAAGCUCAGCUUAGUCGUCCCGAGAACGCGGAUGAUACCACUCGCUUUGACCGCGACAAACUUGAACUUCGCAGGACAGCAACUCGACUUGAGAAUGAAGUGAAGCGUUUGCGAGAUGACCGGGCCGCCCUAUUGGAAGCCAAAGAUACUCUCGAAAAGCAACUCGGGGCUGAAAUUGACCGGGCUACUGCGGAAGAGGGCCGCCUUUCAGCCGAGAUUGAUCGUCUUCAGGAUAAGCUCCUUGCAGGCUCAGGCAACCGAGAUCGCGAAUUGACUACCGCCAAGACUAAGGUCCAGCGUCUUGAGCGACGCAUUCAAGAGCUAGAGGCCCUUCUUCAACACCAACAGCCUGCCAUUGAGACUGAGCAGUCUGGCACUCACGGAGAUCUUUCUCUGAUCCGGCAUAGUCUCGACGAGGCUCGCAAACGGGAGAAGAUUCUUCUGCAGCGUGAGGCCGAACAGAAAGCCUCCGCGCGUACGCUGAAGUCGCGAGUUGCUGAUCUAGAGCGAGACCUCCACCAGGCAAUGAUAAACAAGUUUGAUUCUCACUCGCCGCGAGAUUCGCCAUCUAACAAACUCCAUGAGGAGCUGCGAAAUCUGCGGAAGCAGCUUUCCGAUGCCCAUCGAUCCCUCAAGGAGAUCAAAGUCAAGAAUCGGGAUCUGGAGCGUGCCGCGAUGAAAGAGGAGGACCAAAGAGAUCUUCAUGAGCUUCUCAAGUCGUCAACUCUUGAAGCGGAGGCCUUAGCUCUCAAGGUCUCCGAACGAGAUUCUCGGUUGAAUGAGCUCAAGAAUCAGCUCCACCGAAUCCGUGAGGAGCGAGCCUUCUGUGCUCGCAAAGCCGAGUCUGCUACAAAGGAGUUGGUCACCCUCCAACAACGGUACGACGAGGCGCUCAAGAAGGUGUCCAACUCAAAGGCUUCCACAAAAGGUCAACAUGAGAAAGAGAUGCGUGGUCUAGGCAAGGAAAUCAUAUGGCUCCGUGCCCGCCUACGGCGGGAGGAGAAAUUCCGCAGUGACUUGGCCUGGAGCAAGGGCCUGAUGGAGCUUGGCGAACGCGUCCGCGUUGCAUGUAACGAGGCCGACCUUCGCAUGAUCUCCGAGAUGGGUGUUCAAGCCCGUGACCGCAAUCCUACCCGAACACCUCGCCGCAAGCUCAAAACUGCCAUCUCACUAGUCAAGGCUACUGUCCGUAUGCAAAGGAUGGGCCAGGCAUGGAGACAAACCAAGAAGCUCGGCGAGGGCUUGAAACGAGCCAAGAGUGAAAUGCUCAAGCGCCGCGAGAGCUCCAAUAAGAGUCUACUUGGCCAAUAG